UUACAGUGCAAGAAAUGAAGAGAGUUUUGGUGAUUGCAGGGUUCUGCUCUUUACUGUUCAUCCUCCACCUUGUUUCAGCUGGCCAUGGAGGAAAGCAUCAUAAAAGCUCAUCAGCUGAUAAAACGCAUCAUUCUACGGUGAAGAUGGGCGCAAUUCUUGACAUGAAAACGCAUAUGGGAGUCAUGUUGAAUGCCUGUAUGUCAAUGGCGCUAUCAGAUUUCUAUUCAACCCAUUCGGAUUAUCGGAGAAGAUUAGUUCUUCACACAAUGCAUGCUGCCAAUGCACUUGAUGUUGCUUCUGCAGCGCUGCAAUUACUCAACAAUGGAGUAGAAGCCAUUGUCGGAUCUGAAAUAUGCAUAGAAGAUUACGUUGCAGAAUUAGGAACCAAAGCUCAAAUCCCCAUUAUUUCCUUCACCCCAACCACCCUCUCUAAACCCUUCAAAUCACAACCAUAUUUUUUCCAGUUAACUCCAGACAAUGAUGAAAAGCAUCAAGCCCAAGCUCUGGCAGCUAUCUGCAAACACUUCCAAUGGCGCCAAGUUGUCAUCUUGUACGAGGAUAACGAACAUGGCGACAGAUUCACAAGCAACCUUAUUAAGGCACUUCACAGAACAGAUAUUCACACAGCCUCAAUCCUCUCCAUCCCCUCAUUAGCCGAGGAAUCCGAGAUCUCAGGAGAACUGAAAAGGUUAAUGUCAAUGGAAACCCAAACCCGAGUGUUUGUUGUUCACACGACAGCUCCCCUUGGAUCUCGCCUUUUUGUUCUCGCCAAGAAGCUGGGGAUGAUGAGUGCCGGUUACGCGUGGAUCAUAACCGACGCCUUAUCCAACUCCCUUAGUUUCAUGAACUCAACUGUCACCAAUUCAAUGGAUGGUGUUCUUGGAAUAAGGCCAUAUGUGCCCAUGUCGGAAAACCUCGAAAUUUUCGAAACGAAAUGGAAAAGGACUAUGUUGUCGGAGUUUAAUGUUUAUUGUUUGUGGGCAUAUGAUACAACCUGGGCUUUAGCAUCAUCAAUAGAUAAAAUUGGACCCAAGCUUGUCCAAGAACUGCAGGGCUUGAAAUUGGAAGGAUUGAGUGGAAAGUUCGAGAUAGUAAACCGCCGUCUGGGGCCUACAGCCAUGGAGGUAGUUAAUAUAGUUGGGACAGGAGUUAGAAGAGUUGGGUAUUGGUUGACAGGUAAAGGGAUAAGGGAAGAAUUGGGUUCAUUAGAAUCUGCAGAAAAGCUGAAGAAUGUGUUGUGGCCUGGGGAUUCAUUGGCAAAACCGAUAGGUUAUUGGGUUGUUCCAAGUAAAGGGAGAUUGAGAGUUGGAGUUCCAAAGAAAAAUGGGUUUACUGAGUUUGUUAAUGUUCAAUGGAACUCGUCUACAAACCAAAGUAUUGUGGAAGGGUUCUCAAUAGAUAUUUUUCGUUAUGCAUUGGAGUCGUUGCCUUUCAAGGUUGAGUAUGAUUUUGUCCCAUUUGUGAAUGAGAGUGGACAGCGUAAUGGAUCAUACAAUGAUCUCCUUCAUAAAAUAAAAGAGAACGAUUUUGACAUCGUGGUGGCGGAUUCAACAAUUUUGGCUCAACGUGCUGAAUAUGUAGAUUUUGCACUUCCUUACAGUGAAUCAGGAGUGGUUAUGGUGGUGAAAAAUAAUAUUCAUAAAGACAUGUGGAUUUUCAUAAAGCCACUCAAGUGGGAUCUUUGGCUCACAAUUAUUGCUGCAUGCAUAUUUCUGGGAUUUGUUGUUCGAGUGUUGGAACAUCGCAAGAUGAAGAAUAACAAUAAUGCAGCUGUUCAGCCAAACAGGGAUCAUCAUAAUGGCUUCUUCUUCUGCUAUGCAAUUGCAGUUCUUGCCUUUCCAGAAGGGAAUAUGGUGUCCAACAACUGGUCGAGGUUUGUGUUGAUGAUCUGGGUAUUCAUGGCCUUCAUCUUAGCACAAAGUUACACAGCCAAUUUAUCUGCAAUUUUAACUGUGGAUCGAUUUGAUUCUGCAUUUUCCAAGGAUUACAUUGUUGGAUACCAAGAGGGCUCAUUUGUGAGAGAUUUUCUGUUGAAAACCCUUCAUGUUGAUAAGUCCAAACUGAAAGAAUUCUCAACCAUAGAAAAGUAUCAUGAUGCUAUGAAUAAAGGAGGCAAAAGUGGGGGUAUUGAUGCCAUUUUUGACGAAAUUCCUUACAUGAAGCUCUUCUUACGCAGAUAUGGUUCUCAAUACAAAAUCGUGGGACCAAUAUUCAAAACAGAUGGUUUCGGCUUUGCAUUUCAACAAAACUCCACUCUGGUUCCCUUCUUCUCCAGGGCAAUCCUGAAAGUGACUCAAAGUGAAAACAUGACUUCCAUUGAGAACAAAAAUUUUGGCACCGGAAACUCUAUCAGUGAGCCACUUUCCUUCAUCUCUGACGAUAAACCCAGUCUUACUGCUUACAACUUCGGAGGUCUCUUCAUUAUCAUUGCAUCUGCUACCAUUUUUGCCUUAUUUUGCUCCGAGACUCCAUGGGGACGAAGAAUGGUCAUCUUCUCAUCUCAGUUUAGCCAAAAGACUUUGGAUGUUGUGGUUACUGUGUCUGAAAGCUUCUUUGCUGCAGCUAAACGUUGCAACAAAAAGUGUUCGUCUCUCGUGAAGAUCAAAAGAAAUAGACCGAUGAGUGUUCAUCAUUCCAUAACUCAUCAACAGGUGAAUUCCAAUAAUGAUCCACCUGCAAAUGACGACGACGCUACUCAUAAUAAUCAAGUAAUAUUAGAUAUUGGGGAUGCAAUUCACUCUGCAGAUAAUUCAACAACAUGAGAAAUGCACGAA